AUGAAGCUGUUCUUAGCAGCCGCAGUCCUCUGCCUUGUGGCCGUCAGCGCCCGGGAGUUAGGGGAGGAGGAGAAGGAUUUGGUGGCAGCCGCCAGUGGCAAGAGCAGCCACCACGAAGAAGGUGGUGGUCAUGAGCACCACGCUCACCACCACCACGAUCAUGGUGAGAAAGGACACAAAGGCCAUAAAGGACACCAUCACCAUCACAAGGGCGAUCACGGACAUCACGGUAAGCAUCACCAUGCAGGGCAUCAUGAAGAACAUGGUGGUGGCCAUAAGAAGCACUGGGACGAACAUGAUCACCACGGUCACCACCAUGAACAUGGACACCAUCAUAAGGGCGGGAAACACGGCCAUCAUAAACAUCACGAUAAGGGAGAGAAAACCGACGGUUACCACAAAAAAUACCACAAGGACCACUUCCACAAGGAUCACCACUUCUACGAUGACCAUCACGAUGAAGGCAAGCAUCACAAGCAUGGACAUCAUCACGGUCAUCACGAUAAGAAAGGAGGUCAUCACAAGAAGGGAGGACAUGGCGAGCACGGACAUCACGAACAUCAUCAUGGCAAGCACGGUCAUCAUGAUAAGCAUCAUCACGACGAAGAUCACCACGGUCACAAGGGUCAUCACGGCCACGAGGAGCACCAUCACCACCAUCAUGACCAUGGCAAGAAGGGCGGUCAUCACGACCACAAAGACUGGGGUUUCCAUCACGGAAAACACUAA